AUGGCUCUUACCAAUGCUGCUGUGAUCGUGAUAGUGCUUGUUUGUUGCCUUUCAUCUGUUUCGCUCGCGGCGGCUAUGUUUGGUCAUUAUUCCAUUGCGCGCAAUCCCCAAUGGUCACCGUCAAUCGAUCAGCAACGAUACAUGCGGGAGCUAAGGCUUAGGAAUCUCAAAGCUCUUCUAUGGGAAAGCACGAGCAGGGCUGAUUUGAUGAUCAACGAACACGAAGGAUUUACAGCAGAUCCCGAGGCACAAUCGGUGGAAGCAACCGACUCACAAGUGUGA